AUUGACAUUUAAGUUUUUCUGUUAUUUAAAUUUUCAAAAGAUGAUGGAUUCAACAAUAAUCCUACAAAGAAUGUAACAAAAUGAAGGUGGAUAAUCCGUUGGUCUGAGGUUUGAAUAAUGGAUUUAAAAUUGCGUUAAAUAUAAGAAAUGCGCAUGAUAUUUCUUUGUAAAUAUCAUGGAAAAACAGCCGAUUGGUCCGUGCGUGUUUAAGCUCGUUAAAAGUAUUGAUUGCAGGGUCCAAGUCGGUUAAUUUAUUGUAUGAGUCCAGGAAUUGGUUGAAUUUCGCAAUUACUUUGAAAUAACAAAUUUUAUCGCUUUCCAUUUAGGGUCAAGUUUUGAGAAAAAUAAAAGACCUUAAAGAAAAAAAGAGACUUAGGGUCAAUUCGAUCCAUGUUGGUCUUGUCCAGCAAGUUUGAAACCAUUAAAGCCGGGAGAGUUUUAGCCUAAGGCUUAAAAUAAUAAGAUUAUGUGGUUCAUUCCUAUGGGUCUAGGUUGAAGUUUAAAAGCUUUGUCCAUCGUCAGCAACAUCUCAUUCAUGACCAACUCCUAGUGAAGUAAAGUUCAAAUCUUUCAUAGUGCCAUUAUAUCUCAAUUUUUCUUCCAUGAUGAAAGUCUCAGUCUCAAUUUUCGUGCUUUGUGUCCUACUUUCUGGAUCCCAGGCUUCACUAAUGGAUACAUUGAUGACUCCAGUAACUUGGAUAAUGAAAGGACCUUCUUCAACAUUGGCAUGGUUAAGGUCUGGUUCUUCUAGAAAUAAUGGAACAUCUGAACUAGUGUCAUCAUUAUCUGAUCCUCUACCAUUAAUUGAUUCGGAUAUUCCAGUAUUUGACAAUGAAACAAAUGCUUUCAACGAUACGGAUGAAAUUCGCCUUAAUCCUUCAGAAAUCGAUCCAUUGGAUAACUUUCAUAACGCCAGUGCUUCACCAGACGAAGAAGUUGUAGACCACAAUGUUGAAUUAAGGAAUUUAUCUUCCACUGUUGAUGAUGAAGUGACGCUCGUUAAUGAUUCACCAGCAGAAAUCACAACUAUGUCAUCAAUCCCCACAACUUUGAGGACCAUUAAACUGAUUACUAACACUUGGUAUCCAAGUACGCAGCCAAUUACUACCUUGAAACCAGAAACACUUGAUGAUGAAAUUAGGGAAAUAACAAUAGAUCCUCAAGUCACAACCAUGAAAUCCGAGGAAACAACACUGGCUGUUGAAUCAGUGAAUACGGUCCGCCAACCAAGAAAACCAAGAGUUCAUGAAAACAAGACAGAAUCUAUUGAAUCAAGUAGCACAAUCGGAUCCAUUCCAGAGAUGCCAACCCAGAGAGUAACCAAAGCACCAAAAAUAGUGGAAAAAACCACCCAAUUGCCAACUACUACCCAAGUACCAACUACAACUCAAAAACCAGCUCCAACACCUCCUGCCUCACUACUCGAAGCUUUGGCCAACCUGACGGCAAGUCACGGUGAUUUUCGGAAAGCUCGUCAAGAUUAUGAUUACAUGCCACAACCCGUUUACAUUCCAGAAAUACACGGAAAUGAGAGAGAAAUCGAGGAACCACAAUUCGAGUUUCAUUCUGAACUUGCCAAAGCUCUCGGAGUUCACCACAACGUGAAAAAAACAUCGCCAGGAAAAGUGAACAAUUUUUUAUAAAGAAAAUCGAACGCAACAUAUCCAAUCAAUUUAUAUUAAAUUUACAAUUGUAACUCUCAGUUGAUGAUUGUGAAUUGAAAGAAAAAAAUUGUAUCAAUUCAAAAGAAUUAUAAUAAAUAUAUUUGAUAAA